AUGAAUCGGUAUCAGCAGCUAAAGACGUUAGGAGAUGGCACCUACGGCUCCGUCAAUCUCGCCAAGAACCUCGAGGAUGGUUCCAUGGUCGCCAUCAAAAGAAUGAAGAAAAAGUUCUACACCUGGGAGGAAGCAGUCAAUCUACGCGAAGUGCGAUCCCUCAAGAAAAUGAGCCACCCGAAUAUCGUCAAGCUGCGCGAAGUCGUCCGCGAGCACGACAUCCUUUACUUCGUUUUUGAAUAUAUGAAAGAAAAUUUGUAUCAAUUCAUGAAGUCGCAGGAUCGUUAUAUUCCCGAAAACAAUAUCCGCACAAUUUCCUUCCAGAUAAUUCAAGGUCUUCAGUUUAUGCAUCGACAAGGUUAUUUCCACCGCGACAUCAAGCCCGAAAACCUGCUGCUUAUGGGACCCGAUUUGGUGAAAAUCGCCGACUUCGGGUUAGCGCGGGAAAUUCGCUCAAAGCCGCCAUAUACGGAUUACGUCUCUACAAGAUGGUACAGAGCUCCAGAAGUGCUUCUGCGUUCGACAAAUUAUAACGCGCCGAUUGAUCUUUGGGCUGUUGGCUGUAUCAUGGCAGAGCUGUACAGGCUUCAUCCCCUUUUUCCAGGCAGCACGGAGAUUGAUCAGAUUUUCAAAAUCUGCUCUAUCCUCGGAACUCCAAAUCGAACUACAUGGCCUGAAGGACACACUCUCGCUGCGAACAUGAACUUUCGAUUUCCCCAGUGCGUGGCGACCGAUUUCCCAAAAGUCCUCAGUCAAGCGUCUCGAGAAGCGAUUCAACUCAUGGCAGACCUUAUGCUCUGGAAUCCCAAGAAGCGUCCAACUGCUACUGAAUCUCUCAAAUACCCUUACUUUACGAACUACAGUAAUCUCGGCUCGCAAACGACGCAAAAAGAAGCAAUGGAGAAACUCCAUGGCGACUCGCAUUUUGGAAAUCAUUCUAUGCCGAAGAUCACCAAAGAACCUUCAAUGGUCAAGAAACAGUCAGUCAAGUCUCGUUCUGAAGUUCCAUCCUACAAAGAGCCGAAUUUCAAGCUCGACGACACUGUAGACUUGAUGGAAGAACUGCUCGGAAAUGCUCCUCCUGCCCCUCAUCUCCGAAAAGAACCAACUAAAACGUCAAUUUACUCUGGUACAGGUCGAAAGUCUUCAAUUGGAAACAACAGCUCAGUUGCUUCCUUUCGCUCUCGGCCGGAGAAACGAACGAGUGCGCCGAAAAAGAAAGAGCCACCAGCGAAGAAUUUGAGUACAUAUGGCGCGAUGUUUUCCGACGACGACGGUGUUGAUUCUGAUGACGAUUUAAUCUCCGACAUUUUGACCUCUCAGAAAAAGGGAACGACGAAAACUAAGAAAACAGAGAUUUCGUCAGAUCUGGACGAGCUCCUGGGGCUCGCAAAUGGUGACUCGGAACUUGACGAUCUUGAGAAUCUUCUUUCGCAUGGUGCUGGAAAAUCGACGAAACCGAAGUCAAAUCUGAUGCAUUCAAAAACGAAACUCAAUCCUCCUCGCAAGGUCGUCAGGCCGGCACCGUCCGACAAGAACAAACUUGCUUCUAGGAACACUGGAACCAACUGGCAAUUCGAUUUCUCUCCGGACAGUCCUUCGCUAGACUUAUCUUCCUUGUCUAAAGAAAACGCUGGAAGAAUAGACAAGCCGGUGAAACUGGUGCCCAACAAACGACUGACGCCGCGCGACCACUACCUCCAUACUGCUCGAUACCUACCUUCUUCUGGCGCGGGUAGCCAAAACCCGCCGCCUCCCAAUCAUCAAAACAGUCAAAACCAAAAUAGCAAUAACUCCAGUCACUCCAACAAUCAUAGCAGCUGGCGAUACAGAAACACUGCUCCGUCAGUUCUACCUCUCCGCGCGAAUCAACAAAGAAGGAAUCCUCUUCCGCAGUUGAUGCCUGGACUAGGGAGGACCAAUUGGGCUGCCAAGUAUCGCUAA